GAUCACCACUAGAAGCUGAACUUAUAAGGAGCUACAUGAAGCAAUUGAUAGAGGCGCUAGCGUACCUGCAUUCACACAGAAUUCUCCAUCGCGAUUUGAAACCUCAGAACCUUCUAGUCGAUAAAGAAGGCCACAUUAAACUUGCAGAUUUUGGACUGUCAAGGUCUUUUUCACUACCUACCCGUACUUAUACCCACGAAGUGGUAACAGUAUGGUAUAGGGCGCCAGAGCUAUUAUUGGGAGCUAGGAUGUAUUGUACUGGGAUCGAUAUAUGGAGUUUGGGUUGUGUCAUGGCCGAGAUGUUUACCAAAAGAGCAAUUUUCCCUGGGGAUUCGGAGAUAGACCAACUAUAUAAGAUUUUCAAAAUAUUGGGUACACCUUCUGAAGGUGUGUGGGAGGGAAUUUCGCAUUUUCCGGAAUAUACCAAAGCUUUUCCUAAAUGGAACCUCAUAGAUAUGAAUGAGAUUAUCAAUUUUCAUUCGGAGGAAGAAGAGGCAUUUUUGAUGCAUAUGUUGGUGUACAAUCCAUCUAAAAGGAAGACGGCAAAAGAGCUGCUGAAGAUGAACUAUUUGAAAGGUGCUAAAUUAACGGCGCCUGAUAUGAAUGCCUUUCCGCCAGAACAAGAGGCAGACACAGAGUAGGAAGCAGAUUGUUUUUAAGAUUUUGUUUUAAAUUGAUUUAUUCUAAUUUUAUGUGUUAAGUGUUGAAGUGUAAUAUAAUUUUACCAUCACUA